AUGAUACAGCGUGAAUUUGAAAAAAAAGAACCCCCACCACCUAAACCUGAACUUGCAGCCGCAUAUUCGUCUCCUUUUUGUAUUUUCUUUUUAUUAAAUCAGUUUUUUCUUUUCUUUUUUUAUUCCUUUCUCUCUUACAUUUUUUUUUUAUCCUCAUGUCUUCCUGUUUCUUUAUUUUUACUUCUCUCUAAUCAUCCACUUCUAUCUCCUUUAUUUCUCUCUUCUUUCGUUCUCUUCCUCCUUAUUCGUUUUUGCUUAAUUUCAUCACUGUCAUUUUUCCCUUUCCCCCUCUCUCUUUAUAACUAUCUUAUUUUUCUAUUUUUCUCUACACUUUCUCCAUUGGUAUUUUACCCACCCCUUUCUUUUUUUUUCUCUUUCGUUGCACUUCGUAUUUUUAUAUAUUUUCAUGCUUUGUUUUUCCUGUAUUAUAUUCCUCGUUUUUUAUCCUCCAUUUUUGUUUCCUCGUUAACAUCAUUCUCUGGUUUUCUUUCACCUUUUUCUUUCUUCAGUAGCUUCUUUCGAUAA